AUGGGUUGUGCUGGAUCUUCACAAUCCAAGCCUGAUGGUGCAGUAAAAAAGAUCCGGAAGCCUAAGCCAUGGAAGCAUCCUCAGCCUAUAACAAAGACUCAGCUAACACAAUUACGUGAUGAGUUUUGGGACACAGCUCCUCACUAUGGUGGCCGGAAAGAGAUUUGGGAUGCUCUUCGAGCUGCUGCCGAGGCUGAACUAACUUUAGCACAAGCAAUUGUGGAUAGUGCUGGGGUAAUUGUCCAAAGUUCUGAUUUGACAGUAUGCUAUGAUGAAAGAGGAGCAAAGUAUGAGCUACCCAAGUACGUUUUGAGCGAGCCAACUAACCUGAUUCGGGACAGUUAA